AACUGUUGGUAACGAAACGUCUGACUGACAGACUGAGAGACUCCUGUUGUCGGUCGCCCGCGUCGCUGCAGCUUCUCUCUCCCCCCCCAUCCCCGCACAUUUUAUGAGAACAGGACAGCAGCUUGAGUCGCUCCACGGGGGUUUGUGGUGCUCCUCUUUAGAGUUUCCUGCUGUUACAUGGUAACACAGAGCUGAAGGCAAGAGCUUCAGGGUGUUGAAGAUGGCAGUGUGGAUCCAGGCCCAGCAGCUCCAGGGAGAUGCUCUGCACCAGAUGCAGUCUCUGUACGGUCAGCACUUUCCCAUUGAGGUGCGACAUUAUCUGUCCCAGUGGAUAGAGGGCCAGCUCUGGGAUGCCAUAGACCUGGAGAAUCCACAGGAGGAGUUCAAGGCCAAACGCCUGCUGGACAGUCUGAUCCAGGAGCUACAGAACAAGGCCGAGCACCAGGUGGGAGAAGACGGCUUCCUACUCAAAAUCAAACUGGGACACUACGCCAGUCAGCUCAAGAGCACGUAUGACCGCUGUCCUCUGGAGUUGGUCCGAUGCAUCAAGCAUAUCCUCUAUACAGAGCAGAGGCUGGUCAGAGAGGCCACCAAUUCGAGUUCUCCGGUGGGUGGCAUGAUGGACAGCAUGUCUCAGAAAUACCAACAAAUCAACCAAGCUUUUGAGGAGCUUCGCCUGCUGACUCAGGACACUGAGAAUGACCUGCGCAAGCUCCAGCACAACCAGGAGUACUUCAUCAUCCAGUACCAGGAGAGCCUCCGUAUCCAGGCUCAGCUGACCAGCCUGGCCACACUUCCCCCUGCUGACCGACAGCUACGGGAGCCCGCCCUUCUCAGCAAGAGAGCCACUGUGGAGGCAUGGCUGACUCGAGAGGCCAACACACUACAGAAAUACAGACUGGACCUGGCAGAGAAGCAUCAGAAAACACUGCAGCUGUUGAGGAAGCAGCAGACCAUCAUUCUGGAUGACGAGCUGAUCCAGUGGAAGAGACGGCAACAGCUGGCAGGCAACGGGGGCCCGCCGGAGGGAGGCCUGGACAUCCUGCAGUCCUGGUGUGAGAAGCUGGCAGAAACUAUCUGGCAAAACAGGCAGCAGAUUCGGAGGGCAGAGCACCUCAGACAGCAGCUGCCCAUCCCCGGUCCCAUUGAAGAGCUCCUCAAUGAACUCAACAGUACCAUCACAGAUAUCAUCUCAGCAUUGGUGACCAGCACCUUCAUCAUUGAGAAACAGCCUCCACAGGUGCUAAAAACCCAAACCAAGUUUGCCGCUACAGUGCGCCUCCUAGUGGGUGGGAAGUUGAACGUGCACAUGAACCCUCCGCAGGUCAAAGCAACCAUCAUUAGUGAACAGCAAGCCAAGGCCCUGCUGAAGAACGAGAACACAAGAAAUGACAGCAGUGGGGAAAUUCUCAACAAUAACUGUGUGAUGGAGUACCACCAGACUACAGGCACACUCAGCGCACACUUCAGGAACAUGUCUUUGAAGAGAAUCAAGCGAUCAGACAGGCGAGGAGCAGAGUCUGUCACAGAAGAGAAGUUCACAAUUCUGUUCGAGUCACAGUUUAGCGUGGGAGGCAACGAGCUUGUCUUUCAAGUGAAGACGCUAUCACUUCCUGUAGUGGUGAUAGUUCACGGUAGCCAAGACAAUAACGCCACAGCAACUGUGCUGUGGGACAAUGCUUUUGCAGAGCCGGGACGGGUGCCUUUCCUCGUGCCAGAUAAGGUGCUUUGGCCUCAGUUGUGCGAUGCCAUCAACAUGAAGUACAAGGCUGAGGUGCAGAGUAAUCGAGGCCUGUCUGAAGAGAACCUGGUCUUCCUGGCUCAAAAGGCUUUUAGCAGCUCCAGCAACAACCCUGACGACUACCGCAACAUGACGAUGACUUGGUCACAGUUUAACAGGGAAAGCUUGCCAGGCAGGAACUUCACAUUUUGGCAGUGGUUUGACGGUGUGAUGGAACUCACAAAAAAGCAUCUCAAACCACACUGGAAUGAUGGUGCCAUACUGGGUUUUGUGAACAAGCAACAGGCUCAGGACAUGCUGAUGUCCAAACCCAACGGCACUUUUCUUCUGCGCUUUAGUGACUCUGAGAUUGGAGGAAUUACAAUUGCCUGGGUUGCAGAAAAUCCUAACAAAGCAGGUGAGAGAAUGGUUUGGAACCUCAUGCCCUACACAACCAAAGACUUCUCCAUUCGCUCUCUGGCUGACCGCAUCAGCGAUCUCAAUCAUCUCCUGUUCCUCUACCCUGACAGACCCAAAGAUGAGGUUUUCUCCAAAUAUUACACCCCACCACUCUCUAAAGCAGUAGAUGGCUAUGUGAAACCACAAAUCAAGCAAGUGGUGCCCGAGUUUACUACAACCAACCCAGACCCAGCGAGCGGGAACCCACCCUAUAUGGAUCACGGCGCCUCCCCAGCACCUGUCAAUCACACUCACAGCUACGGCAUGUACCCACCUAUGAGUGACUCUAUGUUGGACGCCGACGGAGACUUCGACCUGGACGACACCAUGGACGUGGCGAGGCACGUAGAGGAGCUCCUGCGGCGGCCUGUAGAGAGCCAGUGGGGUGGCCAACAGUCCUGACCCUUGAUCUUUUAACCUGUGGCAACACCAAACAAAUCCCCGCGUCCCAACUUGGCCCACUCGCAUUGACAUUUCUCAUGGUUUAAUUCCAUUCAUUUCUCUUUUUUUCAGAUAGCUAUAAUGUGAAAUGUUAAUGGUUGUGAUUUUUUUUCUUUUCGGCAUGAGAGCAUGCAUGUCAGUGACUUCUCUUUUAGUUUUAUUUGUGUCCAUAAGUGUUUGUAAAACAGACUAGGUAUAAUGCAAAACCUACACUGUUACAGUAUCGUGAAAAAGAAAAAGAAACGAUAACGUUCAUUCACAUUGUGCAUGCGUCUCUGAUUGAUUUUGAACAGAUUUUAAAAAUAUGCUACUGUAUGAAGUCAUUUUAAAAGUUGAAUGUUCUUGUUUUGUUAUAUUUUCUUGUAAAUGCGUUAUGAGCAUUUUGAUAUUGAACUUGCCCUUUGUCAAAAAAAAGAAAAGAAAAUUAAGUUCUUGUUUAUGAAGAGUUUUUGCUCUUGCUCUUAACAUCAUUAUCUGAUUAAUUGCUCUGCAGAGUUACAGUCAGUUUUUCAAAUCCACUACUACACUAACCUAAAGGCACUCUCUAUGCUCUCUGUAACUGACAGCACACACACUCGUAUCAGCUCACGGUACACAUGCGCAAGUGUACAAUGUAUUUGUUCUGAUUUCUUCACCAGCCGAAACCUAGGACGGGGGUUUAUGCACUUCCCUCCCUCUCACAGGGCUAUUUGUCUUCUGUUUGUACACAGAAAUGCAAAUCUAAGCAUUUACCCAGCGCUGCCUGCUUGUCCUCUCAGGUGUCUCUGGUCCCCUCAUCAACGCUACCUCGCAUUAUUCUACUGACAGUUGUUGUUACUUUUGGUUCUUUAGUUGUCUGUGCACCACCUUCACACCAGCAGGUACGCUUGUUUGUUUUUUGUUUGUUUGUUUUUCCCUUGUAAUAUUGUGUUGAUAUUUGUGAACAAGAUCCUAACUCUGCUGCCUGAUUUUUUUUUUUUUUAUUAUUAUUAAUAUUUUUUUUUGGCUUGAAACCACUGAUGAAGACUAGAUCUAUGAAGUGUCACAUGUAUGGUUGGUAUGCUUGAAUAAUCCCUUCUGAGUUCUCUGGCCCUCCGUCCACUUGUACCUGUGUCAUGAUACGUGGGCAGAACUGGGGAGUCUUGAUAGAUCGAUAGGACCGGCUUUGGUUGCUUGCACAGACUGUUCAGCUGCUGGGCUACGUAUAGAACUCAAGUAUGUCGUGUCAUGUCAUCUCUGGCUUGUGUUUUUUGACAAGAUUGGUUUUCACUUUGCGUCCCCUUUUUGCUACACACAUAAAAGAUAACAAAUUCAUUAGUCCGAAAGGAAAAGUGCAGACUAUCCCAUUCCCUCCUCUGGCACACGCAGACACACAAUGCUGAAUAGAAAUAAAUAUGUCGUUGACAAAAGCCUUGCACCUCAGGAAUGAAUCGCUUUGCUUAGCUGAUGUAUAAGCCAAAUAGAAAAUGAUCUAUGUAUACAGAAUAUAUGAAUUUAUUUUCUCUAUCAUAAUUCUAUUUUAUUAUCGUUUCUCUGGCACUCCCCUAUUGAAUGUAAGCCCUUUGCAUGACCUUAUUGAGGAUUUAUGUACAAAUGCCUCCUCAGUCUGAGCAGAAGGUUCAAGUCUCGUGUCACCAGAAGUCCCAGCUGAAAAAAAGGACACAGAGCAACUGGAAAUCAGAAGAAUCUAUGAUGUACUUUUGUGUUUGUCCGAUAGACAUUGCAGUAUUUUUUUCAUCUCUUUUUCAAAAAGAUUUUUGUAUCUUGCUUUCUUUUUUGUUUUUGAAAUCUCUUAACUACAUGGGCAGUCUUGUGCUAUUAUCCCUCAUUACCAUUAUUCUCAUCAUUUAAAAGGCUUUGUUCCACUGUAGACUGUGUAUUUUUUGAUGAUGUAGAUGGCGCUGUGUGCUGUUCAAUGUUUGUACCAUGUUUGUGGUUUGGGUUUAUCACUUGGACGUUUUCCGAGAGAAACAGCUGUUGAGUUGAAAAGAAGAAAAUAAAGUUUUAUAAAUAAUUGUAACUCAGCCUGUAGAGGUACAGAAGAUUUUGACGUUACUGAAAAAUACAUGCUUUUUCACGUGUGUUGUCAAAAUUGAUUGAUUGAUUGAUUGAUUUAAUCCCCAGGCAGCAGAGUCAAAGAUGUGGCACCGCAGAGGCUCAUCAGGAUUCAACAGCUGGAGAGUAAAAGUACUGUGUUUAAGUGAAUCAUAUGUAGUAUAUGAGGGAGUCCAGACAAUUAAACAGUAAUUGUUUAGGCUCUAAUGUACAGCUGUCCAAGAGCUGCCUUAGACAGUUGCAUCAUUCAUUAAUACACUGCAGCAUGUGAAAGGAAAAAAGUUUGAUGAAAGUUUUUAAUUACAUGAAAAAUGUUUCAUGAUGUAAAAAAACAAAUGCACCUGCUGACUAUUUUUAAGAGGCUUCUGGGAUGAUAAAAAAAGAAGAAAAAAAACAGGCAGAAGAAAUGUUUCUUUUAUGGGUAUCUCGGAUGAGAAAGUGGUUCAUUCGCUCAUCUCACAGAGAACCCUUCAUCUCAUGCCCUGAGGACAUUCCCAAUGACACUUGACAUGAGAUUAAAAUGUUAAUAGCUCUACCUUAAAGGAACAUACCGUUUUUAUCAUUUGUCCCCAUCACAAAUGUUCUGAAUAAGCUGUAUUCUGCCAUCUGGUGGAUAUAAGAAACAUAACAGAUUUUGUCUCAAUGUGUGUGUGUGUGUGUGUGUGUGAAUGUGUGCAAGAGAGCUGUUAACUUAAAUGUCAAUUACCUGCCUGGCGCCAUGCCUGGGAAAGGUAAGAUAAGAAAAUCUAAUUUGCAUGACAUUUUAUUAACAGUUUGUAAUUUAACAAAUUCAUUGGCUUCUUCCUCAAAGCAAAAAACUAAUUAUUAUAGUUGAUUAAUGUUGGUGAAGGCACUGCAUGCCGGUUUUUUGUUGUUUUUCUUAUGAUCUCUGCAUUAUCCACAGGCAACUAUGCCCCAGUUCUGGAAAUGUGUGGGGGUCAGUGAUUGUAAUCCAGUGAAAAGAGCUCCUAGAGGUCACUGGUGGGUUGUUGCUUGGAUACUAACGCUACAUUCAUGAGGUGGGCUUUGAAGCAGAUGUCUGGCACAAGCACUUUGGUUUACAUAUGAAGUGAUAAAUGAAACUGAAGGUUUUCCUCCAGAAGUGGGUCUUAAAAUAAUGUUUUCCAUAGGUAAUGGAUUUGGAGUGUGCUUCUAUCAAAACUUGCGUGAUUGGCUGUACCAUAAUAAAAUACAGUAUUGUUGAAGCAGGUUUUUGAUGUAAGUAUAAUAAUUCAUAUUAUGACAGAAUGACUGCUAUAUAUAAUACUAUAAUGAGUGAAAAACAUAAAACGCUGAUAACAAAUUCUGAUAUAAACUAUGUGUUUUAACACCAGGGAAUUGUAAUUCUGAGAACCACUGAAGAAAAGAGAUAAAAAGUUUUGACUACAAGCUCCUUGUGAUGAAAAUGGCAGCUUUUUAUUUUCUUAAAUCAAUGCCAAGGAGAUGUGUAGAGGUGUUUUCUUUAGAAGUUGAAAGAGACUAAACAAGUGGAGUGUGUGCUGCCUUCUACUCUACUACACCUUCCAUGGCAAUAUCCGUUUUUUGAUUUGAGUUUCAAUUUUCAGAAUUUUGGUGAAUUGCAUUUUCUUUACCUUUAUAGGUUGUGUUUAUGAACGUGUUACCCUUGCCUGUAUUGAAUAGUCAAGGCUUUGGUCUAGUUUGUUAAACGAUUAAUUUCUCAGUGUCUGUACACUCUUAGUUAAUCUAAGUUUACUUUGAGUUUGGUUAUUUCUGUGGAUUUUGGGAUGUUUUUACCAGUGUUCACAGUUUUUCUUAUAGUCUUGCUUUGUCAGGUUGCUAUUCACACAUAUGGAUCAAAUUUAAGGGGACAGCUGACCCCGACAUCAAAAAUACAUACAUACCUUACCUCUUACCUGUAGUGCUAAUUAUCCAUCGCGAUUGUUUGGUGUGACUUGCUGGCUUUCAGAGAUAUCGGUUUUAGAGAUGUUAGGCUUCUUUUGAAUACAAUGGAACUACGUCUGUGGAUUUUCUUAAAUAGCUUGGUCAAGAUGUAGGGAAGAGUUUUUCACAUGUGCAAUUACGUCAGUCACGAUAUUGUUGUAUUAGACAAUUGUCUUUAAAUAUUUUUUUCUGGUCAAAUUAAGUCUUUGGUAUUAUGUUUGAGAGCAAGUUGUAAAAUAAAUCUACCACACAUAGAUGUGGCGAGCCCAAUAUCUGAUGGAAUAUUUAAUCAGUUUAGCAGGUAUUCAAUAUAUUCAAGCUCAUUUAAGCCAUGUCACCACCAGGUGUCAGUAAAGUCCUCAGGGUCACACAGGCAGGCAUGCACUGAAAUCACAGUUCUGACUUACACUAAAAUUGUUCUGUAAUUAAGUUAGAGAAGUAUGCUCAAACGAAUUCAGAUAUAUAUAGAAUUUUUUUAAAAGGAUUAAAUAGAAUUCACAAAUUGAUAUUAAUUGACAUUCACUAAACAGGUAAUUGAAAGGUGGAAUUUUUUUAAAAAAAGGGGCAGCAUCACAUGCUAACAGGACAUGGGUUUUCACACACUUUGUCAUCAUUGGUUCUGCACCUGAGAUACACGUGCUCGGUCGUUGACCUGCUGUCUUUGCACGGUUUAUUUUUCGUCUUAAGUCGCUGUACCGAGUAAAUACUCUAUCAAGUUAAUUUUGAAUUAUAUGUAAAAUCAGCAAUUCAAAAUAUAGGCCUUUUUACAGCUGAACCGUUGUAAACAAAUUUUCCACAGCAUAACAAAUCAGAUCCUGUUUCUGCCGCGUGUUUAGUCCUUGCAUUAUGUAAAAGACUUUUCAGUUCAUUUCAAUAGCAGAUUAAACUGUUAAAGCUACAACUUGUGAGAAAGCUUUAAUGCAUGGUUUCUGUUCCUUUUGGUCUGAUGAUCACAUGGGCAGGGACAGGAAGUGCGCUGGAAAAGCUCAGGAAGGCACACCCUCUGCUCCCUGACUGCGAGCAGCAGCAGGAGCUUCCUCUAUAGGUGUCAUCAUUCAAGUCUGUGAAUCACACACUAUUCUCUUGUCUGUGAGAAGCACACUCUCAACAGUCUGAGACUCACUCGUACUGUUCUUGUGGUUUUAUUUUUGUCUGUGUCUUCCCCUGAGGUUAGAAAAAGAUAACCGAAAACAGACACUGUAGAUACUGUAAAUGAGAAAUAAAGGUGUGUUCAAACAAACUGACAGACAUGUUGCUGUCUAUAAAAAAAUCUCAUGUGGUAAUAAAUCCUGACCAUUUGA